CACGAGGAUCCGGGGUGCUCAGCUAGCGGGAAAAAUGCGGCCCUUAACUGAAGAGGAGACUCGGGUGAUGUUUGAGAAAGUCGCCAAGUACAUCGGGGAGAACCUGCAGCUGCUGGUCGACAGGCCCGACGGCACCUACUGCUUCAGGCUGCACAACGACCGCGUGUACUACGUGAGCGAGAAGAUCCUCAAGUUGGCCGCCAAUAUCUCGGGGGACAAACUGGUGUCGCUGGGAACCUGCUUCGGGAAGUUCACGAAGACCCGCAAGUUCCGGCUGCACGUCACCGCGCUGGAUUACCUCGCACCCUAUGCCAAGUAUAAAGUGUGGAUCAAGCCUGGAGCGGAGCAGUCUUUCUUGUAUGGGAACCAUGUGCUGAAGUCUGGUUUGGGACGAAUCACAGAAAAUACUUCUCAGUAUCAGGGAGUGGUGGUGUAUUCCAUGGCUGACAUCCCUUUGGGUUUUGGGGUGGCAGCAAAGUCUACACAAGACUGCAGAAAAGUAGACCCCAUGGCGAUUGUGGUAUUUCAUCAAGCAGACAUUGGGGAAUAUGUGCGGCAUGAAGAGACUUUGACUUAAAAUGAAAACACCGUAAGGACUUGUGACUGUGUGGAGGGGCCUAGUUUGUUUCCAGUGUCUAUAGGUUCUGCCAUCUUGUUGAAUUUGACACUGUGACCUCUUCAGGGACUUCUUUGCUUAAUAUUCUUUAUAUUACAGGUGAAGGCGUACUGUAUUGUUAUUAUUCAGAAAAGGCUUAAAAACAGGGUUUCAGAUUAUUGUGUUUGUGACUAAAUAGAAUACUGUGUCCAUGUUUGAAUCAUGCUUGUUCAAAGUUGGGAGGAGAACAAGAAUAAUGUAUUGUUA